CGGUGGUCGGUUAGAAAAAGUUGGCAAAGACCAACACAGUAUCCGUUUAAGCAAAAAAUAUCGCUUAUUAUUUUAUUGGGAUAAAGAACAAAAACGGGCUUAUGAUAUUUGGAUUGACCCUCAUAAUAAAGAUUUACACCCCAUCCAUCCUGGCGAGAUAUUGCGGGAAGAAUUAUUAAAAACUUAUCAAAUUACUCCCCAACAAUUAGCGAAAAGUAUUAAAGUCGAGGAAAUGCGCGAGGAUUAUUGGUUAGAUUUACAGAAGCAUUAUGAAUUAGAAUGCUGGAAAGAACAACAAGAAUUAAAGAAAAUUUUUGUGUUAACAAAAGAAAAAGACCAAAAAGAAAUAAUUACUUACCACCUUCGCCCAUUAGUUAAGCCAAUUAUCGUUAAUGACCGCCUAAUUAAAUAUGUUGGCAUUAGUUCUCAUUGUGAUAAACAUUUAUCUCAUGGUAUUACACGAGAAUUAGUUAUAGAGUUAGUAGAAUUACUGAAUACUCGUUAUUUUCCUUUUAGUGGCAAGCAAGGAAAGCAAAAAAAUUAUUUUAAAGAUUAUCCCGAAAAAGAUGGUGAGAAUGCUAGUGUUAGUGAAAAAACUAAAUAUCAAUUUAGCCAAGUCAUUACUCGUUAUUUGGUUAAAAAUAAUCUUUCGGAAUCUGAAAUGUCCCAAAAAUUAGGUUUAGAUAAGGACACAACAGCUAAAUUAUUGCGGGGGUAUGUAGAAAAUUUUUCCUUGGAUAGUUUAAUUGCUUAUGUAGAUAAAUUACAUUUACCUUUACAAGUAAAAAUUACCGAAGCAACUAGGAGGACUAAUCCUCCCCUUCCGGACAUUCUUGGUGUUCUACGGCUUUUAAUCAGAAGUUUAAGCCGUAAGUGGUUAGGUAGCGUCCCAACCGCUCGGAAAAAAACUCCUCUUUUUCAACUUCGUUAG